AUGCCCCGCGUCGGCGGAGAAGGGGAUGGUGGUGGCGAGAACGAGAGGCAGAGCGGUGGAUUGGCGGGAUGGUAUACAGGUGGAGCGACUCGAACUAUGACCGGAAAUACUGGAAAUGCAUACGUCGUUUUAGGUGGUACCAAAUAUGCAAUACGUCUCUCUCAGAGCUGUCAAAGAAAGUACUGUUGCCGAAAAAGUGACUCUCGUGAGCGUUUGACAGACACUAGUCUGGUGACGAGCGUUAAAAUGCCGACGUCGGAGAAGAUUUCAGGGCUGAGCGGUAUCGGGGAUUGCUGUUGCAUCGGUCCACGUUCGCGGCUCCCUCUGCCGCGUGGACUCUCCGGAGUAUCAUCACCAAGUCCAAGUGUAUGCUCAUCAAGUGGUGAACGCGGUGGAGGUAACAACAGUGGAAAUAACGCCGGCAAUAGUAACAGUGCCAGUAACAGCGGUGGAGGAAUUUCUAGUUUGGGCGGAAGCAUCGGCAACGCUGCCGUCGAUCGUGCACGAGGAGUAGUUAGAGUAGGAGGACAAUCUUCGCCGCCUCCCACCAGCAGAACAACAACCCAGUCCAACCGACUACCGUCAAACUCAAAUGCUAUUAAUAACUGCGGGGGGCUGCAGCUAAUGGGAAGCCACGGCUCCCAGUUGCAAUCAUCCUCGUCAUCAUCAUCAUCGUCGUCGACAACUGCGGCCGCGAAACCAGCUAAGGCUUCCACCAAUUCAACAAACGCCGUCCUAUCCACUCGUGCUUUUGCUCCGACAAUUAACUCUGUCUCUGUACCGCGACAAAUCGCUCACUGGACCAAACAUCACUCUUUUAAACUACAGCCGAGACCAAGUGAUGGCCUAUUUUUAUCGUCUGUCGAGAGAGAAAAGACGGUGGACCGCCUGCACAGAUUUAGAUGGAGUGGGGGUGGAGGAGGAAAUGGCAAAAAAUCCUCUUCCGGCCCCCGCAGCGAAAAAGCCGAGCGUCUUCGCGAAUUGACGGAAAAAAUAAAAAGUACCACCGCACCAAUACCACCACCAAGAAAGCCGUCACGUCUUCACGUUUCUCCACCGCCUCCUCCACCGUCGUUACCCACCCAACAGGCUAAUCACAACAAUCAUCAUCACCAUCAUCAUCAUUAUCAUCAGUACCCGCAGUCAAUAACCAACAGAUCAACGCCGCGAAGUUUUAUUUACAAUGAAGACCGCCCGGGACUUGAGACUGGUACCGCGGAGAGCAAUAGAAGAAAUAACACCCACGAAAGGACAUUAGAAAGAAGUACAAGUGUCGAUGGUGAUGAUUACCACGAGUAUUCAACAGUUACAGUUAACCCAGUGACGGUCAGCGAUGAAAAACCAAGCGGUUGGUCGUUAAGGACUUCGUGGUCAAAACCCUCACCAGGAAGUGUGAUUAGACAAAAAAGUAGUGACAAUAAUGAUCAAGUUAGACGGGUUUCCUCGGACUUGUACUACAGUGAGCCAAAACACUUGAGGCAGUACAGUGAUUCGUUGGUGGUUGAUAGUGCUAAGUGCCCAGAUCAUCUUUUUGACUUUGCUAAUACUAUUGCAACCUCACCAGCAGCAGCGUCUACGACAACAAUAACAAAUCCAUCAGUAUCUGGCGGCAGUGAGAGUGAGGCCAGGGACGCAGUGACCACAUUAGAGCCUCGGACAUCGCUCUUAACUUUCCAUCGAACUGGUGUACCCUUUAGAAGCGCAUCCUUCGGUCAAGUCGACUUUAAUCAAGGUAAUCGUCAUAGAACCCAACCAAUAUCAAAUGUAAAUCGAGUCCAACUAAAGGAUGUAAGAGCAAGUACAUUGCCACGAAGAAGAUCCGGAGCAACGAGUCCAGGUGCUGCGUCUCAAAACAGCCCAAAUCCUGAAAGCCCAAGAGCUUCAAUAGCGAGCGUUGAUAGCGCUGUAGGUUCGACAGAGGGUCUAGGAGCGACUCAAACCCUCGGCGAGGAAGUGAGACCCAGGAGUGACGGGUCUGAUAGUCUGGCAACAUCCAGUGCCUUAACUAGUCCUGAACCUCCGGUGCUCGAGUGUCGAGAAUCCUCGCCUAUCAAUACAGUGCAACCGGAUCCUUGCGCUGAUGAUAAGGAGGAUAAAGUCGAGACUAAAGAAACGGAUGAUAAUGACUCUAAAGACCGGUUAGAAUUACAUCAAGUAAUAAUCACUCCGCCGUCUGAAGAAUCGCGACUGAGUCAGACAGUUAACGAGCCGGUUAAAGUGCCAAGUGAAAAGACCCCCGAGGUGUUAGCGCUCACGGGCAAAGUACGGAGAUAUCGCGGUGACACGAGUAAACGCAGAAAAGGCGUGUACAUAACCCAGUGGCCAGAACCCUCGGAAAAUGACAAAAACAAAUUGUCUGCACAGAGCAGUGAAGAAAAAGACGAAAAAGACGAUAACAGUAAAGAAGAAAAGGAAGAGAAGGAUGAUUUACCGGCUACCUUGAAAGGUCUACCGGGACCCAGUCCAGAAUUACUGGCCCAGCUUCUUCGCGGGUCGUCUGAGCACCCCGCACGGGUGCUUACUACUCACAGAAACGAUACGAGAACGCAUGUCGUGGUGGAGCUUUAUGAUACUGAAAAAUCAUAUGUAGAGGCGUUGCAAAUACUAGUCAAUAAAUAUUUGCAAACUCUAAAAAGUUCGGAAAAUUCUGGACUUGUAGACUCAGCAACCGUGGAUGAAAUAUUUUAUCAGGUACCAGCUAUUCUUAGUCAUCAUGAAGUUUUUUUACGACAACUUAAAAAAAGAUUAGAUACUUGGGAAGUUAGUCAAACAAUUGGUGACGUUUUUCUUGAUGUGUUUACAAAGCCCGCGGUCUUAGAAACAUACACUCUGUUUCUCGACAAUUGGAAAGCCGCUAAGAAAGCCAUCAAAGCGACUUGUCAAUCGAAACCAGCAUUUGCAAGAUUCCUCGAGACAAUGGAGCGCGAACACAAAGGAAAACUCGGGCUGGAUCAAUUACUAAUAAAGCCAGUCCAAAAAAUUCCUAGGUACGAAUUACUUAUCCAGAGACUAUUGAAGCACACCGACACAUCCCAUCCAGAUUAUGAUCUGCUAAUUGCCGCUCAGAAGGAGGUACACGAACUUGUUGUCAAGAUUAAUUGCACUGAACGAGAGUCUCUUGAGUGGGAACAACAACAGACCACCUUGAGGGAAGUCCAGUCAUUAGUUGAAGGUCUAGCCGGAAUUGUUACCAAUGAUAGAGCGUUCAUUCGUCAUGACUUAGUCACCAUAGCAUCCAACCAAGGUACCCGAAAAGAAAGAGCGCUUUUUUUAUUUUCUGAUCUUUUGGUUAUCACUAGUAUUAAGCGAAGAAGUGGGACCAUAAGAAAGCCAUUAACAAGCUCAUGUCCAAACAGUUUGGUUGGACUUCUUGAAGCUAACAAGUACAAGCUACUUAUGAGAAUUUCUCUAGACGAUUUAGAAGUAAUGAAAGCCAAAGACGAAAAUUUAAGAAAAAUGGCUCGUGAAGUUGACCAUUUACGUGAAGACUGCGCAACACUGAGUCAACUGCAAGAACUAACAGCAACAUUACACGGCGCAAAACAUCAAUUAGAAGACAUAAUAAAAGAAAUGCUAUCUCAAACCCAGCGUCAAUUAGCAGAUCGCAAUACCGCGCACUCGCAAUUAGCUUGUUUGGAAUUCACGUUGAACACUCAGUCGGGAAUGGAGAAUAUCUCGAUAAUCUUCACCAAGCCAGACAAGCGCGCCAGCUGGGAAGAGAGCUUCAAUGAAGCGAAGCAGAAGUUAGCGCUGUCUUCAGACAAGAGGCCGUGUCCAGAAUUUGUUGGACCUCUGCCGAUUCGCAAGACCCGGGCUGGAUUGCAGUUUACAUGCGCGGCGCCGACAAUUAACAACGGCCAAGGUUCCUCUGACGUUUGGGUAUGCAACAGUGAUGGAUACGUAGGACAGGUGUGUGUGCUGAGCUUGAGUCCAGAGCCUCCGCAAGUAACUUCCUGCAAUGGUGUCUGCAACGCGAGGAUUCUUUGCGUUGCUGGUAUUCCGGCAAAAUUGCCUGGCUCCAUAUCGAGCACCCUCAAGUCAACUAAUAAUAAUAAUAAUAAUAAUAAUAAUAAUAAUAAUAAUAAUAAUAAUAAUAAUAAUAAUAAUAAUAAUAAUAAUAAUAAUAAUAAUAAUAAUAACAAUAGUAAUAAUAAUAAUAAUAAUAGUAUGGAUGACAAUUCAUUAACGGGAAGCAAAAGUGGGAUAAGUAUUUCUAUACAAGACACCGAUGCGAGCGGAAGAAACAUUCAACUAGACAGCAGCUCAAGUUCUGAUGACUCAGACUCAGACGAAAUAACUCGCGCUAUUGAUACCGCCGCGGGAUCAAUGUACAGCGACUUAUCUAGCAUCGAUGGUGCUGAUGAAGACACUAAUCAGCCGACGAUGUGGCUGGGUACUGAAGACGGCUGUAUUCAUGUCUACAAUUGCAAUGACAAUAUUAGAAUAAAGAAGAAUAAAAUUAAAAUUCAGCACGGCAGCAGCGUUCACUCGAUCAUCUAUUUGGACAACAAGGUAUUUGUCGCGCUGUCUAACGGAGAUAUUGUUGUCUACAGCCGGGAUCAAAAUGGCUGGAACACCUUGGAUCCUAUGACCGUGUCCGUCGGCACUACUGAGUACCCGGUCACCAAAAUGGUCCCUGUGUCGGUGAACAACAAACUCUGGUGCAGUUGUCAUAAUACUGUUAAGAUAAUAAAUAUUGUGACAUUGGAAAUAGAACAUGCCUUCAAUGUCGGGGGCGAUAAUGCACGUCCGGUGUCUUGUAUCGCUUCGUCAGGGUCUCUUGGUGUGUGGAUUUCACUUCAUAAUAGUGCUGUACUUAAAUUGUAUCAUGCUACUUCUUAUGAGUGCUUGUCGGAUGUCAAUAUUGCGCCUGCUGUUACCAAAAUGCUUGCCAGUUGCGAUGACAUAAUAAGACAGCAUAAAGCAGCCUGUUUACGAGUUACCGCGCUUCUGGCGUGCAACGAUCUCUUAUGGAUAGGAACUAGUGCCGGUGUGCUUUUGACAGUACCCAUUCCACAUAUCAAAGCAUCGACACAAAGAUUACCUCAAGCUCCAUCAGUUACCGGAAUACCACACGGUCAUACAGGACACGUGCGUUUUCUUACAUGUGUAGAAGCACCGUCACCAACAAAAGUGGACACACACUCUAAAAUAAAUCGUUAUUCAUUGAAAAUUGGUAAAACACCACAAACCAGCAGCAUAAUCCGUACAAAGCUGCUGGUUAUUUCGGGCGGUGAUGGCUACGAAGACUUCCGCGGGCCUCAGGCUUCUGCAGAGCUUCAAGCAGGUCGUGAAGACUCAACGAAUCAUCUUUUGCUGUGGAAAGUUUGA